UAAACCCUUGAGUUGCACCUGUAACCUUCCAUGAUCCACGACACCCAGCUUUGCCUGACGCGCUUAUGAAGCAACCUCCAUGAAUACUCUUCCUGAUGCCCCUGACACUCGAAAUACCACUCUAUUUGAGCACCGUCUAAGCUCGUGUCGUGAUCGCUAUUUCUUUCUCCUUGGGGUGCCGCUCCCGUCAUCAGACCGCGACACCUCACGCGACCGAGUUCUCCUUCAUCCUGACUGCCCAUCCGGCACAUUCCGUGUCGCAGACUGGCGCAGGGAGUGUGGAGCGCUUGGGAAAUCGGGUGCUUCGAACGAGAAAGGACACACGACCGGAGGCAGUUUCCCUUCAUCGUCAGUUCUUUGAUUGAUACGAAGACUGUGGGGGAUAGGGCGGGGCUGGGGGAGGGGGUACUAAAGGGUGCUGCUGCAUUGUCGGUCAGAAGAAGCGCAUACAUACGUAGAUGGGUCUCUCUCCCUCGACCGUUCUGCUCGCUCUGGCCCUGGGCCUGGGCCUCGCCCCGGUGCGCGUCGUCCGCGCGCAGCCCGCGCCCUCCGUCCAAGCAGGCAUCGCCGCCGCAAUCAAACGCGCGUCCACCGCCUCCGGGCCGCUCGACUACACGGCCUUCGUGAACCCGUUCAUCGGCACCGACAACUUCGGGGACGUGUGCCCCGGCGCGUCGGUCCCGUUCGGCAUGGCCAAGUUCUCCACGGACAUGACGGGGUACGCGCCCGCGGGCUACGUCACGGACCCGACGCAGUUCGUCCGCGGGCUCAGCCCGAUGCACGACAGCGGGACGGGGUCGUCGCUCGGCACGUACGGGAACUUUGAGAUCAUGCCGCUGCUGUGCGCGGGUGGAUUCGACAACUGCACGACGCGCUUGGCGGCGCGCGAGAGACUGCGGAAGCCCCAUACGGACGUGGCAUCCCCGGGGUACUUCGCCCUGACGCUUGACAACGGGAUCAUGAUGGAGGCCACCGCGACUCGCCGCGCAGGCCUCGAGCGAUUCACCUUCCCGCACGGCUCCCAGCCGUUCUUCGUGCUCGAUCUCGCGAACGAUCUGCCCGCUUCGUUCGCAGGGGGCGAGAUGGCGAUCGACCCGGGGAAUGCGCGGAUCACCCUCGGAGGUCACUGGGGAUCGAGCUUCGGGCCUGGCCGGUUCAACUACCAGGCGUUCGCGUGCUACGAUCUGAACCCCAGCGGGAAUCAGAAGCUGGCCGAAUACGGUGUCUGGACUGGCGAUAACUUCGGGCUCGAUGCGAAGGGCCUCGGGCAGACGCAUCUCAACCUCUCGCUGAAUUUGAUCGGCGGAGUCUACGAAAGCGGCGCGCUGUUCUCCUUCGACGGCAACCCGAAGCAAGUCGACAUCCGGGUCGGCAUCUCCUUCGUGUCGACCGACCAGGCGUGCGCCAACGCCGAGUCCGAAGUGGGCAGCUCGUCGUUCGAGGAUAUUCUGGCCCAGGCUAAGAGUCUAUGGAACGACAAGUUGUCGAAGAUUGAGAUCGAUGUGCCGCACACCCCACAGAACGUGACUGAACUUUUGUACAGCUCGUUGUACCGAUCUUCAUUGACGCCAAACAAUGCCACGGGAGAGACACAGGGUGUCUUCGCCGGGACGACGUCCUUCUAUUUCGACUCGCUCUACUGCAGCUGGGACACCUUCCGCACGUUCUACCCGCUGAUGUCGCUGCACUCCCCGGUCGAGUUCGCCCAGAUCGUGGACAACUACAUCGACGGCUGGCGCAAGAACGGCUGGAUGCCCGAAUGCCGGGCGAACAACCUCCCCGGCUGGACGCAGGGCGGGUCGUCUGCCGACGUCAUCGUCGCGCAUUUUGCGACGCACUACCACAACGAGGCCGCGGCGCUGGGCAUCGACCUGCAGGAGCUGUAUUCGGCGGCGUGGACGGAUGCGGAGGUCAAUCCGCCCGAGUGGAACAUCCAGGGGAGGCAGUCAAAUGUAUACAACCAAUUUGGUUAUGUCCCUUUUGCAGUGCUCGACGUGUCCAGCACCGGCCGUCAAACUCGCGAGGGCAGUCGCACUCUCGAAUACGCUUUCGAAGACUUUGCGAUCCGGCAGAUUGCGCAGCUCCUAGGCAAGACUGACGACGAGGCGGUCUUUGCCAACCGGUCCUUGAACUACCGCAACGUCUGGGAUCCGACUGUGAAGAGCGACGGCUUCAAAGGAUUUGCGCAGAAGCGAUACAGCAGCGGCAAAUUCAACUUUACAGAUCCGAAACACUGCUCGCCUGUGGACAAUGUCACGACCGAGUGUUCGCUGCAGUCGGACAACACGAAUGGCUUCUAUGAAAGCUCGUCAUGGGAAUAUAGCUGGUUUGCGCCGCAUGACACUGACUACCUGAUCAAGCUCAUGGGCGGUAAUGACACUUUCGUGAAGCGCUUAGAUCAUUUCUUUGCAGCCGGCUACUAUGGAGCAGGCAACGAGCCUUCAUUCCAGACUCCGAUUGGAUACCACUACGCGAAUCAUCCCGCAAAGAGCGUGGACCGAGUUCGAGCUAUUGUGUUUGAGAACUUUGACAUCACCCCCGCGGGGUUGCCUGGGAACGACGACCAAGCCGCCAUGGCCUCCCUCCUCGCCUUCCAUCUCCUCGGGCUGUACCCGGUCCCGUCGACGACGCAGUACCUCGUCCUGUCCCCGUUCACCCCCCAAUACACCAUCCACAACGCGUACCUCAACACGUCCACGACCGUCACCACGCUCGGCUUCGACGCGCGCUCCGUGCAGCACACCAUCCCGCCCGGCGUCCCCGCGUACGUCGUCAACGUCACCGUCAACGGCGUCCCGUCGCCCUCGCGCUGCCAUUUCGACUUCUACGACGUGUUCCGCGUCGGGGGGCAGGUCGUCAUCCACGUCUCGGCGGAUAAGAGCAAGGCCGAUAGCUGUGUGGGCGGGGUGCCAGAGAGUCUGUCGCGUGGUGGGUUUGCGGCUGCGCGGUGAGAUGAGUGGGUCUAAACAGUAGAAUCGUGUGGAAUAUUCGUGUGGGGUCUAAAUGCAUGUACAGUCCAAAAGUUUUAGGAUCUCACAUGGACUUCCAGGCCAUGGCGCGAUGGCCGAGUGGUUAAGGCGACAGAUUAGAAUGACUCUGCAUCUGUUUCGGUUUCCGAGCGCAGGUUCAAGUCCUGCUCGCGUCUACCCCUUCAAAUCUCCUUUCUUGAAAACUUGCUGCUCCUAAAGCUACAAUGCUCUUAUACUUAUUUUACAUCUACAACCGCAGUCCCGCAAGCAACCCCUCCGCCUCGGCCACGCAUUCCCUGGGUUCCCUGAAAAGCCGCAACGGGAUGUGUGGCGGGAUCUGCCUCCUAGCGCGCCAGACCCUAACCUGCAGCUCGGCACGGCGGCGAUUCGGCUGCUCCAUGCCAGUACCAGCACGGGAAUUCGGUAUUUUGAGGUUGACAGCAGCAGUGUUGCUCGCGACCAUCGAGGGUAUGGGUUCCGGUUCCGUCGUCAUGGGUGUCGUCGCAGACAGGAAGUAGUUGUUGCUCGGUGGGUGGUAUGAUGAUGGCGUUGGGGGCCGUGAUGACGUGCUGGAGGCGGUCGACCAGGACCGCUGGGGCAUCUGGUCGAGCAUCGCGUGGUUCUGGCCCGUCGGAUCGUCGAGGGGGGCUUCGUUCGUGUCGACGUCGCGAAUGAACACCGCCAGCACCUGCUCAGGGUAGUCGCGCGCAAUGCUGCGGCGCUCAGUAGGUGAACGCCAGUACUACGAGUGAGUCACUCACUCGGCGUACAGCUGGAGAUCUUGCUCGCCCGAGUCCCCGAUGAGGAUGAAGCUGGAGUCUGGGAACGCAACGACCAGUUCCUGCACACCCGCUCGUUUUCGGGCGGCUGGCGCCGAGAGCAGACCACUGAACAGCGACCGUCCCGCGUACGACCGCAGCUUGACACUCCCAGGCGGCAGCUGUACUGAGCGGAAAAAGUCCAUCAACACUGGCAACAGUUCGAACGGACCGUUGGACUAGCUAGAGGUUAGUCCUAGCCAAGGACCGGCCAGUCCAUAUCACGCACAACAUAAUGAAACCGUACACCGCGAUUCCACAUCGCAGUAUACCACUCGCCCAUCCCCGGGAUCACGAUCUCGUCAUACUCCUUGACGAACACAUUGUAGAACACCGCGCGCGACCCGCUGAGGAUGCCCGACAGCUUCACCGUGUCGUCGACGUCCGAGAUCACGCGCACGCGCGAGUGUGUCAGCGGGAUGUGCAGCGCGUUCGUCUUCGCGAGGCGCGCUGCGCUCGAGGUCCCCGCUUUCGGGGGCAGGAGCUCCGCCGUGACGAGCAGCUCGUGCUCGACCGUCGCCUCGCCGAACGCGAUGUGCAGCGCCCCGGGAUGGCGCGCGAGCUCCUCGAACGACACAUGCAUCCGCGCCUGGAAGCUGCCGUCCACGGCGGUCGUGAGAACGCGGGUCGCGAUCGGGCCGUAUUCGAUCGCGUCCCGCUCUUCGGCUGCGUGGUUGUUGGCCUUGUGCGGCGCGGCGUACAGGUGCAGCCGGACUGUGCGUGCGGGGAUCACGGAGGACCAGAAGGGCUGUAUUCGGGACUCGAGGUUCUUGUGCAGGCGGUAGAUCGCGCUCGGGACGUGGAAGGGCGUAGACUGCGACGUGGAUUCCACAGAUUCGGCGUCAUCGGCAUCGUUACUGGCGGUCUCGUUGGUUUCUACGCGGAGUCGCUGGAACUGUUGCUCAAGCGCCUGUGCUUCGUAGUCGUCCGUCAUAUCUUCUGGUGGUGGAGGAAGCUGCACGGUCUUCAUGAGCUCCUCGGUGGACGCAGUGAGCGGGCUGCCAUCGAGUUUCGGGAGUGCAGCGAAUCCUGCGACGAUAUUCGGAAUCAGACCCCGUUCGUCGCGAUGUAUGCACACAUACGCACCCUUGGCUAACCUCAUAAACGCGCGCUGCGAGCGGCUCGCAAACUCGGGUGCCCGGUGGCUCGAGGCGAAUCCAGAAACAAACAGAUCCACGUCAAACGCGUCUGCACAACAAGCGAGUCAUGCAUACACGCCCACCGUAGGGUAAGAUCCCACGCACCCUGAUGCAGCCCAAUCUCGUCGGACCUAUAGCGCCUCGCCGCCCAGCCAGGGAACAUCGCGAUACGCUCGGUGUCCCGUCCCGUGCCCCCGCCGCCGCCGCGGAUGCCGGCGGAGAUACGCUGCCCCGUCGCGCCGGCCCACUCUCGCCACGUCUGCGUCCGCGGCGCGGAGUUCGCCUGCUUCAGGUCGCCGUGGGACACCGCCCGGCGCAUCGAGGACGAGAUGGUCGAGCGCCAGCCCAUUUCUCUCGACAUUGCGGUGUGGGUUCGUUUGUGGGUACGGUACGGUGUGCUGCUGGGCGGGGUUGUUACAAUGAGUGCAGUGCAGGCAAGCUACAGUAAGGGAGCGUCAUACUUGGACGUGCCCGGCUAGCGCCAAGAUGACAACAUGCGCUGAUGGAAUCUUUCGGCUCCUCAUGGCCAGCGAUUCUUGCGGGAACUUGUGUACACCCUUAAUGACCCCAGAAUCGGCUACGCGCAUAGCCAAAUUUCUCAUGGCUUCAGACACUUGUUAUUGCUAUUUGAAAAAUUGAUGUCUUCUCCAAAACAAGAAAAAAAAAUCUAGUCGUGUGUCUGCGUGUGAGGGUUAGGGUUGACAGCGCACAGAUGGUUUGCCGGAAACUCGACAGCGCUAAGACCAUUGCUGUACGCCUCGUGAAGCGCGGGGGGCAUUCUCAACGUGAAAUUGCCGACAUAUGUGGAUUCUCGACCCGAACACUCACACGCGCUGUCACCCAGUAUCGACGAACUGGCAAUGCCGACACCACCCAGAUUGCAGGCCGCCGGGGACGCAAACCCAUCCUGCACAAGUACGAUCUCGACUAUCUCAUCCGAAUCUCGCAGCACCAGCCCGCCAAAUUUCUCGAUGAGUACCAAGACCUUCUCGCGCGCCUUCGGCACUGUCCAGUGCAUAUCACCACCAUCCAUUACGCCUUCUGCCGUGCUGGCAUCAACGUGAAACGGAUACAGCGCAUGGCUUCAGAGAGGGACCCAGUGCUGGAGGGAGACUUUAUUGCACGGAUUGCUGAAUAUCCCGCCAACUACCUGGUGGCGGUUGAUGAGAUGGCAAAGGAUGAUAGAACAUAUGCGAGACUUGGUGGCCGUGCCCCAAUCGGACAACGCGUGGAGGUGUAUCAACCAUUCGUUCGGAAGAAGCGGUAUACGGUGAUAGGUGGGAUGGCAUUGGACAAGGGCAUGAUUGCGACGCGGGUGAUAGAGGGAUCUUCAGACCAUGACACAUUUUACGACUUCCUUGAGAAGGACCUGCUGCCAAUGAUGAAUCCCUAUCCUGGUCCCUGUAGUGUCCUCGUGCUUGAUAACGCAAAGAUACACCACUCAGAUGACAUCCAGCAGCUUGUCGAAGAUUAUGGCUGCCGAAUCGAAUACCUUCCUCCAUACUCCCCGCACCUGAAUCCAAUCGAACAAGCCUGGUCAGCCAUCAAGUCUCAUCUCCGACGCAUUGGAUUGGCAGCUUUCUCCUCAAGACAAGCUUAUUUGGAGUUACACCUCGCAUGUCGUAUAAUUACACCUGAGAUGACCUGGGGCUUUUUUCGACACAGCGGACUGAUUUGAUUGCUCUGUUACUAUACGUGGAUUGGAUGUUUCAUUGCUAUGGAAAGGUUACAGAAGAGUACAGUGGAAUGGUUACAACAAUGUAGUAGACAUGAAUACAACAUGCGAUGAGAGUCCGUAACAAUAUGCAAUGUCCGAUGAGAGUCCGUAAGUAGUGAUACCAAAUGACGGUCUGUUAUCCAUCCACCGAGGCCUUGCCCUUUCUCCAUUCAGCUUGCGCAAAGCGCAAACGGGCACGCAGACCCAGCGGAAGAUACUUGUCAAGGUCCUCAUUGGUGAGAUACGGCAGGAUAUGCGGACCAUCAAUGUGGAUUCCCUCAAGCGACUGAAAAAUCUCCGGUGGAAGCUUGAACGCUUCGCAGAAUGCUUCGAACGUCAUUGCGGCAGGCUUAGCAGGGGAUGUAAUAUGAAUCGGGGCUGAUAGAGUGGAAGAAGCGGGAGUAGGAGUCUGUGGUGCUUGAGCGGUUGCGGGCAGGAGAGGCUGGAGGAGGGAGGCAAAUGCAGCAAAGUCAUUGUUGAUUGUGACGGUUGGUGAUGUUGUCGCUUUGUUAGCGGAGUUCAAGCAGCGAGAUGCAAGCAGGGCGAUGUCAUCGAUGGGCUUGUCCAACUUGUCUUGUCCGUCCAGAGCAAGCGGCCAGAACACCUUCUCGGUUUCAGGACCCGGAGGCAUCUCCGCAGAUAUUGUGCCUUUUUCAUCAGCAAUCUGUUUAUUACCCAGAUCUUCGCUAGCAUCGGGGUGACAUUGACAUGUGUGCCGAGCUCGUUGGCGGUAAAGCAAGUGCGUUGUCGACAGGUGCGGUCAUUACAACGGUUGGCGAGAUGGAUCUCCACAAUCUUCUCAGCCAUGGCUACUUCUUCAGCUGGGAUUUGCCGCUGAGGAAGGAGAUUAGAUACUGAAUGUAUGCGCGCAUGGCAAUGGCGACACACACCUUCCGC